GGGGGAGGGGGGCUGGGAGUGGAAAGUGUUUAAUUCCAACGUUCAGUGAAAGCAACAAACCAGCUCUUCAGGCUAAACUGUUCCUGUCUCUCAGCCUGUGCCUUUAAACUCCGCCGCGAACUCCCCCAGUGCCUCCCACCGCCCCCUCCGGCGCCCCGCGGGCCCGGGCGGCUGAGCUGCCGGGGAAGGCACCUGACGGCAACGGGAAAAGCAAAGCGGAUGCAUUUGUCCUACCUUUGAGGUCCAUUGAAAUCCACUGUUGCACUGGUCAGCACACCUGAACUAGAUUUCUGAGUGCCCACAUUCAGCACACUGCAAGAGGGACAGUGACUCCAAAACCUACCGAAAGAGGGAAGGAGAGAUUCCUCAUCUAGCCCGUCUGUAGAGCUGCUCAGAAAGCAUGGACCAGAUAAAGACAGGGCAAGGCACCCAGAGAAGGAGACUGGGGGCCUGCUGCUGGAAGGUAACCGCUGCUGCUGCUGUGGUGGGCAGUGCAACAGCCCUCUGCCUGGGGAUCCUGCUCGCCUGCCAUUCCACAGGAGAGGCCAGCUUUGAGCACACAGUGGAGCUGAAAGGAAUCACAUUCAACAGCAGCUUACAGAUGGAGAACUCAGACUACUAUAGGGUGCUGACACCUGCUCUUGAAAGACUGUUUCUAUCCAGUCUCCAGGACUCCCAGCUGAACUGGAGUUGCACUGGUUGCACUAUCCUGGGCUACAGUAGGAAUGGAAAUUCCGGUGUGAUCGUCCAUUUCCGCCUGCUCUUCACUCCCCAGGAUUCCCAACCCCUGAGCUCUACCUUGGAGGAGGAAGCUCUGAGGCAUGGGCUGGCAGCUGCCCUGCACAAGCAGGCUUUCCCCCUGGCUGCCUAUGGGACCAUCUCCUCAGCUUCUCUCACAGGUCCCAACAAGGUUUCUUCCCACAGACCUGGACUGAAAUCAGACUGUGGGAGUCGCCCUGCCAUGCAGACUACCAGCAGGAUAGUUGGAGGCUCAGAGGCGUCCAGAGGGGAGUUCCCGUGGCAAGUCAGCCUACGAGAGAACAAUGAGCACUUCUGUGGGGCUGCAAUCCUCACAGAGAAGUGGCUGGUGUCUGCUGCUCACUGCUUUACUGAGUUUCAGGACCCAGCCAUGUGGGCAGCUUACACUGGGACCACAUCCCUCAGAGGCUCUGACAGCAGUGCAGUGAAAAUGGACAUUUCACAGAUCAUCCCACACCCCUCUUACAAUGCUGACACAGCUGACUAUGAUGUGGCUGUGCUGGAGCUGAAGAGACCUGUGACUUUCACUAAGUACAUCCAGCCCGUGUGCCUGCCAGAUGCUGGCCAUCACUUCCCCACCAGCAAGAAGUGCCUUAUUUCUGGCUGGGGCUACCUCAAGGAGGAUUUCUUGGUGAAACCUGACUUCCUGCAGAAAGCAACAGUGGAGCUUCUAGACCAGAACCUAUGUUCCAGUCUCUACAGUCAUGUCCUCACAGACAGAAUGAUGUGUGCUGGCUACCUGGAGGGGAAAGUUGACUCCUGCCAGGGUGACUCUGGUGGGCCCCUGGUUUGCCAAGAACCAUCUGGCAGAUUUUUCCUGGCGGGAAUUGUGAGUUGGGGUAUUGGAUGUGCCGAAGCCAGGCGCCCUGGGGUUUACACACGUGUUACCAAACUCAGAGACUGGAUCUUGGAUGCUAUUUCUGCCUUCCCUACCUCCAUAGCCCAUACUGUUCCUCCAGUACACUUCAGGACUAACAGUAACAUGGUCAGUGCUGAAGAGGUCAACACCACCACUGGAGAAACUCCCACCACCUCACCAGCCCCAGCUGCCAGCAGGCCAGUGACUGCAGCAAGACCACAAGAGUGUGGAGGACAACCUGGGUUCUCUACACCCAGCAAGAUUGUGGGAGGAACAGAUGCUUCCAGAGGAGAGAUCCCUUGGCAAGUCAGCCUGAAAGAAGACUCAAGACAUUUCUGUGGAGCCACCAUCAUUGGGGACCGCUGGCUGCUGUCAGCAGCUCACUGCUUCAAUGAGACAAUGCCAGAAGAGAUCGAAGCCUAUGUGGGAACAACAUCCCUAAAUGGAACAGAUGAGAAUGCAGUGAAAGUCAGUGUAAAAAGAGUGGUCCCACAUCCCCUCUUCAACCCCAUGAUUCUGGACUUCGAUGUGGCUGUACUUGAACUGGCAAGACCUCUUGUCUUCAACAAAUACAUACAGCCAGUGUGCCUCCCACUUGCUGUGCAGAAGUUUCCUGUUGGCAAGAAAUGCCUCAUUUCUGGAUGGGGUGACCUGCAGGAAGGGAACGACACCAAGCCCGAGAUCCUGCAGAAAGCCUCUGUGGGCAUCAUAGAACAGAACACCUGCAACUUCCUCUACAACUUCUCCCUCACUGACCGAAUGAUCUGUGCUGGCUUCAUGGAGGGGAUGGUAGACUCAUGUCAGGGAGAUUCAGGUGGGCCCUUGGCCUGUGAGGUGACCCCGGGAGUGUUUUACCUUGCUGGCAUCGUGAGCUGGGGAUUUGGCUGUGCCCAGGCUAUGAGACCUGGUGUGUACUCCAGAAUUACCGAAUUCACAGACUGGAUCCUGGACACCAUCUCCCAAUUGCCCAGUGAUGGCACAAGCACACCUUCCAGUUCAGCCAUCCCUAGAACUUCUGCCAUGGCCAUUUUUAUCCAGCCCAGCACAAUGGCUGCAAGCCCAACCAGCAGAACCACCCUGGAGACAAAGAUGAACAGAACCAUGAAUGAAACUUCCACAGCUCUGAGAGCAACUGAGACUGCGAAGCCUACCCAAACCCCAGUGGUGCCUUGUACCAGCCUCACUUUCAAGUGUUCCAGCAAGGUGUGUAUUGGAAAAGAAAAUCCUGAAUGUGAUGGUGUUGUGGACUGCAGCAAUGGUUUCGAUGAGCGCAACUGUGACUGUGGCCUAACAACUGCUCUAGCCUUCAGCAAGAUUGUGGGUGGUAGCAGUGCAGCCCAAGGAGAAUGGCCCUGGCAAGUCAGUCUGUGGCUUCGGCGGAAGGAGCACAAGUGUGGGGCUGUUCUCAUUGCUGACCGGUGGCUGCUCUCUGCAGCUCACUGCUUUGACAUCACCCUGGCUGGGAUGAUAUGCCCCACAGGAAGCACACACUCCCUAUCAGAGAAAUGCCCCUGCAGUUACAGUGACCCCAAAAUGUGGGUGGCCUUUCUAGGAACACCCUUCCUGAGUGGCAUCAAUGGCAAAAUGGAGAAAAUAUUCCGUAUCUACAAACACCCUUUUUACAACGUCUACAGCCUAGACUAUGAUGUGGCACUACUGGAACUGAGCACACCUGUCAAGUUCAGCAGCACCAUCAGACCAAUAUGUCUCCCAGACAAUUCUCACAUCUUCCAUGAAGGGGCCAGAUGCUUCAUCACAGGCUGGGGCUCCACAAAGGAAGGAGGUCUCAUGUCAAAGCAUCUGCAAAAAGCGGCAGUGAACAUGAUUGGAGACCAGGCUUGCAAAAAGUUUUACCCUGUCCAGAUCAGCAGCAGGAUGCUGUGUGCUGGUUUCCCACAGGGCACCGUCGACAGCUGUUCAGGUGAUGCAGGUGGGCCCCUGGCAUGUAAAGAACCUUCAGGGAAGUGGUUUCUAGCAGGAAUCACAAGCUGGGGCUAUGGCUGUGCCAGGCCAUACUUUCCUGGCGUCUACACCAAAGUCACAGCUGUCCAGGGCUGGAUUGUACAGAACCUGAAGCUCUGAAACAACAUUUCACCACUCAGGGAAGGUGAUGAAUGAGAGGAAUAACUGCCAGAGGAUGCACUAACCCCUCAGCUACUGUACAUGUACUGUACUGUCCUGAUGUUGCAAAGGGGUGAAGAUGGCCUUGCAGGUAUUAAGCAAAUGGCAGUGUUGUGUGACCUGCUGGUUGUUACACCAAGGCAUUUGAUAACUACUUUGCAUAGAAAGGUACAAAAUUCUAGAUAUUUUCUAUAAAUAAAUGAAGCCUGUCCCAUUUGGCCAAACAUA